ACGUCUUGGUUGGAGUGUGCAACAGCACAGCACAACACCAUCGCUUGCUGUUUUCCUUCUUCUCUCAUCUUAUAGUUAUCCUCACAACCCUAACCUUCAAUCCACGUUAAUAUAUCUCUCCCCAACAACAUCCCCAAACAAACCCUAAUCCUUCGAUGAACCUUUCGUGAAAAACACACCGAUUCGGCCAUGGAACCUCCCGUUGUGAGAUCCAGGGGUCGCCCGCGGAAACGGAGAAGAGAGGAGGACCUAACCGUCACCGUUGACCCCAAAACCGUUCUCGAAUCGAAGAAGAGAGCACCGAUAGCAUUGGUUGGACGAUACGUGCUGAAAGAGUUCCCCCGAGACACUGUUCUUCUCGGCAAAGUCGUGCGUUACGAUAGUGGAUUAUACAGAGUCACGUACGAAAGUGGCGGUUUCGAGGAUUUAGAUAGCGCUGAGAUUCGUAGGAUACUUCUCGAUGAAAGUUACUUCGACGACGAUUUGACUCGAAGGAAGAGUGAAUUGGAGGAAUUAUUAGCGUUGCCGACGAUCGUAGAGGUACCGAAGAAGGAUUCGAGUGAAUUGCACGGUGAUUUAUCGAUUGCAAACGAAGAGGAACGAGACGAAACAACGGAUGUUGAUUCGUCCGGUGACUCUAGGGAUUUGAGCUCCGACGCCGAAACGAUAUUACCUAUACCGUUACCGUUGUCGUUGCCGCCGUCUUCGGGAACUAUUAAUGUGCCGGAACCUUACGUUUCGUACCUCUUUUCAGUUUAUGGAUUCCUACGAUCGUUCAGCAUUCGCUUGUUCUUGAGUCCGUUUACUCUGGACGAGUUUGUUGGUGCUGUUAAUUGUCGAGUUUCGAACACGUUACUUGAUGCCGUUCAUGUUUCCCUGAUGCGUGUAUUGAGACGUCACCUUGAAAGCCUUUCAGCAGAAGGUUCCCCGCGUGCAUCAAAAUGCCUGAGGUGCAGUGAUUGGAGCUUGCUUGAUUCAUUGACUUGGCCCGUUUUUGUGAUUCAGUAUUUAGCAAUUUACGGAUACACAAAGGGACCUGAGUGGAAAGGAUUUAAUGAUGAGAUUCUUUAUGGCGAGUAUUAUUUGUUGUCUGCUAGUAGGAAGUUAAUGAUAUUGCAAAUUCUCUGUGAUGAUGUUUUGGAGUCUGAGGAACUAAAAGCUGAAAUGAACAUGCGUGAGGAAUCAGAGGUUGGGAUGGAUUUUGAUGAUGAAGAUAUCCUUUCUGCUGACAAUGGGCCUAGAAGAGUCCAUCCAAGAUAUGCCAAAACUACCGCCUGCAAGGAUAGUGAAACUAUGAAGUUUGUUUCAGAAUUGAAUGCUGUGAAUCACUCUAUUUCACAUAUCAGAGAUACUGAAACUGCCGAGGAUGGUGAUAUUGAUGGAAAUGGAGAUGAAUGUCGCCUAUGUGGCAUGGAUGGGACCUUGCUUUGCUGUGAUGGUUGUCCUGCUGUUUAUCAUUCAAGGUGUAUUGGUGUGAUGAAGAUGUAUAUACCAGAAGGGACAUGGUAUUGUCCAGAGUGCAAAAUAAAUAUGAUUGGGCCAACAAUUGCACGGGGAACAUCACUUAAGGGGGGCGUGAUAUUUGGAAAGGAUUUGUAUGGGCAAGUUUUCAUGGGUACUUGCGACCACUUACUGGUGCUCAAUGUUGAAAGUGAUGAAUUUUGUCUUAAAUACUACAAUCAGAAUGACAUUCCUGAAGUUAUCCAACUGCUUUAUGCAUCUGUGCAACAUAGACCUAUAUACAGUGGUAUUUGCAUGGCAGCGUUACAAUAUUGGAAUAUUCCAGAAAGCUUCUUACCCCUUUGUGUUAUAUCUGUACCACAAGUAAACUCAGCAAAUACAAAGACGGAUUUGAACUCCUCUACUGUUCCUCCUAUGGUUGAAGACCACAAAGCUGUUAGUUCAGUGAAGGCAGAAUAUAAUUUAACGUUUGUGAAUGGGAUUUCUAGUGAUAAUAUGGUGCCAUCUCUUGAUGCUUCACUGGUUACCACUCAAAGUUCUGCUCAAGGAAGCAGUGGCAAUGAUAGAACUGAGGAGUUACCUACCGUAAAUUUGAAGUCUCAUGAGGAAGCUGCAAUGGAUUCAGUUGUUUCUACUGUUAACAAUCAGUCAGACACAAAGUACCAAAACUCUGUUAAUAGGUUGAUUGUAGGUCCUGCCCAGUGCUCCUCGGUAAGCAGUCAAUUUAAUAAUUAUGGGCAUACAAAUGACAUGGGGUUGCCUAUGAAUUUGUCUUUGCAAACUAAAGGUGAUCAAGCUGGUUUUGGAAAAUGCAAAGGCAGUUUAACUAAUGAUUUUGUGUACACGGGUUGCUCCAAUAAACCACAGUCAUACAUUAAUUACUAUAUGCAUGGUGAUUUUGCUGCUUCCGCUGCGGCUAAUUUGGCCGUUCUUUCUUCGGAGGAUUCUAUAUCUGAGGGUCAUGUGUCUGACAACUUAAGGAAAGCAACAUCUGAAAACACUUCUUUGCUAGCAAAAGCAUUCUCACUAACUGCUUCACGCUUCUUUUGGCCCAGUUCUGAAAAGAAGCUUGUGGAGGUUCCAAGAGAGAGGUGUGGCUGGUGCCUUUCUUGUAAAGCCCUUGUUUCAAGCAAGAAAGGAUGCAUGUUAAAUCAUGCUGCUCUAAGUGCAACCAAAAGUGCCGUGAAAGUCCUUUCUGGCCUUGCUCCUGUUAGGAAUGGAGAGGGAAUCAUCCCUAGCAUUGCAACAUAUGUUAUUUAUAUUGAGGAAAGUUUACGUGGUUUAAUAGUUGGGCCCUUUCUAUGUGAAAACUUUAGAAAGCAAUGGCGUAAACAAUUGGAAUGGGCCAGAUCAUUUGGUGAUAUAAAGCCUCUUUUACUCAAACUUGAGGAGAACAUUCGUACAAUUGCUUAUUGUGGGGACUGGGUAAAGUUGAUGGAUGAUUGGUUGGUUGAAUUUUCUACAAAGCAAAGUACAGCAUGUACUCUUGGAACAUCACAGAAACGUGCAACACGUGGGAGGUGUAAGAAACAGUUAUCUACUGAUAAAGUUAAAGCAGAUGGUUGCCAUGAAAACUUUGCAUGGUGGCAUGGCAGCAAAUUUACCAAAUCUGUAUUUCAGAAAGCUGUUUUGCCAAAAUCCAUGGUCAGAAAAGCAGCUCGCAAAGGUGGUUUGAGGAAAAUUUUUGGUAUAUUCUAUGCGGAUGGCUCUGAAACUCCUAAAAGAAGCAGACAGCUAGUUUGGAGAGCUGCAGUUCAAAUGAGCAGAAAUGCAUCAGAGCUGGCACUUCAGGUCCGAUAUUUAGAUUUUCAUAUCAGAUGGAGUGAUCUGGUGCGUCCUGAGCAUAACCUUCAGGAUGGGAAAGGUCAAGAUACUGAAACUUCUGCUUUUAGAAAUGCAAAUAUUUGUGAAAAGAAGCUUGUAGAGGGCAAAAUUUUUUACAGAAUAGCCUUUGGGAGCCAAAAGCAUCUUCCUUCGCGGGUAAUGAAAAAUGUUGAAAUAGAGCAAGGUCCUGAAGGAAAGGAGAAGUAUUGGUUCUCCGAUAUACGUGUUCCUUUAUAUUUGGUGAAGGAGUAUGAAGAAGGCAAAGGAAAAUUGCUAUCUGAUAAAGAGUACUUGAAUAUUGCAUCUCAGUUGCACAAAAGGCGGUUGAAAGCUACCUGCAAGGAUAUAUUUUUUUACCUUACCUGCAAGAGAGACAAAUUGGACAUGUUGUCAUGUUCUGUAUGUCAGCUGGGUGUUUUAAUUGGGAAUGCGCUCAAGUGCAGUGCCUGUCAAGGUUAUUGUCACCAAGGCUGUUCCAUAAGUUCGACAGUCUCUACAUAUGAAGAAGUUCAGUUCCUGGCCACAUGCAAACAUUGUUAUCACACUAAAUUACUUACUCAAAAAGAAACCUGUAAUGAGUCUCCAACUAGUCCCUUACUCUUAAAAGGCCAUGAACAUACCUCUUUGACAUCUCUGAAAGAGCCAAGGCCUAAAUGUUGUGAUCGAGGAUUGAGGUCUACUAGGACAAAGAAUAGCUGUCCUGACAUGAAGCAAGUUGCUUCUGAUUCACCUUUGGAAGUGAAAAGUCGUUCUAGAAGCAGUUCUUGGGGUAUUAUAUGGAAAAAGAAGAAUAUUGAAGAUACAGGCUUUGAUUUCAGGCUCAAGAAUAUACUUCUAAAGGGACGUUCAGGCCUGCCUCAAAUGAAGCCUGUAUGUUGCUUGUGUCAUAAACCAUAUAUGUCUGAUCUAAUGUACAUUUGCUGUGAAACAUGCAAAAGUAAAAUGGUAUCAUGCCGAAGCUCUUGAGCUUGAAGAGUCCAAAAUUUUUUAUAUUCUGGGCUUCAAAUGUUGCAAAUGUCGGAGGAUAAAGUCACCUGUGUGUCCUUACUCUGAUUUGUUGUACAAGAAGCAAGAGGGCAAGAAGUCACACUCAAGGGUUUCAAAGAAAGAGCACUGUGGAGCAGAUUCUGAUUCUGGAACACUUGUUGAUAUGAGAGCAUGUGAGCCUGCUACUCCUAUCUAUCCUGCAGAGGAUUUCUCUAGACAAGACAAUGAUCCUCUGCUGUUCUCCCUUUCUAGCGUUGAGCUGAUUACAGAACCCAGGUUAGAUGCUAAUGUUGAGGGUAAUACUAUCUCUGGGCCAGUGCUUCAGAAAUUACCUUUGAGAAGGCUUGUUAAACGUGAGGGGGAAAAUAAUGAUUCUUCUGGAGGUAAUCUGGAUACUGAAUUUUUGACACCCAAUGAAAUGGCUAAUCUGUCUAAAUCUGUAACGGAUUUAUUCCCUUCUGCAGAAUAUGGUUCUGCAGAUAGCAACCUUUCAAAUGUCUCCGAAAUUGUAGGAUGUGAUAAUGCCGAGUUUGAACCUCAUACCUACUUCUCUUUGACUGAGCUGCUGCACUCAGAUGAAAGUAGUCAAUUUGAGGUAGCUAAUGCAUCUGGAGACUUGUCAGAAUAUUUGAAAAUUUCUUCUGUAUUAGGUGUUCCUGAAGAAUGUGGAACUGUUAAUAUAGCAUCCAAUGAUGGACCUACAAUUUCAUUGCAAGGAAAUGUUAAUAAUUGUUGGCAAUGUUCUCAAAAGGAACCAGCCCCUGAUCUCUCUUGUCAGAUUUGUGGGAUUUGGAUUCACAGCCAAUGUUCACCUUGGGUUGAAUCACCAUCUAGGUUUGGAAGUUGGAGGUGCGGUACUUGCCGGGAAUGGCGAUAGCAGAUUUAGUUUGUCAUUCUGUCCAUGAGUUCCCUUGCGUGAGUCGAGGUAGUAGUGUGCUAAACUUGGCUGGCAAUUUUUGCACGAGUUGGCUCAGAAUCCAUUGCGGUGUAACUUGGGCAAUUAUAUAUUGUUCGCUUUAGGAGGUUACUUGGCAUCUGCAGGUUGCUAUGGUUUUUCUUUAACCGCACAAAUGAUUGCGGCUUCCCCUGCGACUAGUGAACCCAGUCUUUUUUGAGUGAUUUGACUUCCGACAUGUUUCCAGCCUGCGGACAGUUUGGUUUUACUUUUUUUGGUAAACGGAAAGUUUCGUUGAGUGCUUUUGGAUCCAUAUCGGUUUAUUUAUCUCCAGUUGCAUAUCUGAAGUUUUCCCCCUCACUGUGGAACGAUUCACAGAAAUUUGCUCUGAUCUUGGGAGAUAAGCAGGUUUUUUUAUGCUUAUCUGACACAAUUAUUUGUAUAGAUUCUCAUUUUUUUGGGAGGUUGGUCAAAAUUGAAACCCUAACCUCGGAUUUUAGUUCAUGCUGAGACAUGCCUAUGGAGUUCUCUCUCGGCCCCACCUGAAGUCAUUCUUUACACUUAAUGCGACGUGCAUGCCUUCCCGGCCACAUCUACCCGCGAUGUAGAAGCGCUUUUUCUCUGCAUAAUAUUCGGUCAUGCUAUGGCGCUUCAGGAUUACAAUAUUAUUCUCAAGAUUUUACUAGUUAGGAAUAUUACUGAAUACAGAUAGGUUUACUAACGAAUUGUUUAUCACGAUGUUAUUGGUGUCAGAAUUAAUAUUUUUAAUUUUUCAAUAUGAUUGUAUAAUUUGACCUCUAAUAGUUUUUAAUGAAUCUAAUCUAUCACUUUUUUC